AUGCCCGACUCCGCCCAAGGCGCAAAGAAACAUCUCCGCAUAGGCGGCCAAUCCAAAAUACUCAUGUACAACCGCGAAACCGAUGAUGCUACCUUGCCCGAUCUAUCUCCACAGGGCAUUGCGGCCUCGAAGCCGCUGCCAACGAAUGCGUGGACGUGCUUUGAAUAUCACCUGGGCACGGAUGGUAGCGUAGAGACGUGGUUGAACAACGCAACGGUGCCAGGAUUGACGGUGGGCAAGGGAGCGACGAAUCCUAAUGCGGGGCAGUGGACAAGGAGUAGUGUUAAGCCAAAGAUUACAGGAGCGUACUUUGGGUGGGAGAGCUAUGGUGGCGAUACUAAUACCAUGUGGUAUGAUGACAUUGUUGUUAGUGGGAGCAGAAUUGGGUGCUAG